GCCGAGCGGUGCGGAGGCCCAGGGGCCUGCCUGGCCUGCUUUUUGGCUGGGUUAGGGGUCCAGAGGGAGCACAGCGGGAAAGAGACCUCGGAGACCACAUCUCGGGAUAGGCCUUGGGAUGGCCGGAGCUGCUCUGACCUAGCCCAGGUUACCACCAGCAAUGUCAGCCUCAAGGCCCAAGCCCAGAGCUGCUCAGAAUGGGACAUUCAUGUAGGAGGCCAUGGUGAUUUCUGGAUUUGGAAGCAACAAGGAAUCUCGGGGGGUCCUGCUCAGUGCCUCGGGCGCCUACAGAGGCCAGCGGUAGGCAGCGCCUUCGACCUGGCCAGCCAUGCCUCCGUGGGGCCUGAGAGCCUGGCCUUGGAAGUGGCCUCAGGAGAACCUACUCGUGCCAGGCACCCCACAUACCCAGAGCCUGCCCCUGAACAUGGGGAGCAGGGACCCUCAGGCUGCACCUGUCAGCAGUCUCCACCAGAGGUCCCUCUGAGGCCUGAGCCACCCAGCAACCUGGAAGACGCACCCCUGCUGCCCCACCCUGCAUCCUUCCUCAGGGCAGAGGGGACAAAGGGCGAGCCUGCCACCCCAGGGACUGCCUUGCCAGAGCCUGCCCAGACCCUACACACGCGUCCCUCUUCUAGGAGGACCCGCUACUACAUCACUGUCACACUGCUGGGGCACAGGCAAGCACCUGGGGAGGAGGGCAAAGAACCGGCCCAACCAGCUCCACACCCCUGCGGCCCUGAGGAAUCCGAGGGCUGGUGGGAGCCUCCCCAUGGGCCCCGCCCCAUCACGGGGUGCCAGUCGGCCCCGCUCCAGGAACCCCAGCUGAGAGCCCAGUCGCAUCAGGGGAACACGGCCCAGCAGCAGGAGCUCCAGGCUGGCGGGACACCUGGGUCCCCACACAGACUGGAGCUGGACCACAGUGGGACAAGGAUGCCUCCAGACAGGUUGCCAGGGCCCCACAUGGAGGAGGCAGGUGGGCCCAUGGCCCGGGCCAAGGCCCGAGUGGUAAGUGCCACACUGACAUGGCGGCAGCGGCCCCCUGCCCAGGAAGAGAUCAAACAUGGUUUUCACAAGGUGUCCCUGGUGUCAGGGGCCCAGAUGGAAGCCCCCCAGAAGAAGAUGUUUGAGUUCAGCCGUCGAGAGGAAGUCAAUGGCUUUGCAACACAGGAAGAAGAGACCGUGAAUUGCCAGGGCCCUCGGGAUACGGCUGGCUCCAAGAACUUCCAGAGCCAUGGACCCAUCUUUUCCAAGAAGUACACACCACCUCCCAAGGAGAAAAGGCUUGAGCAGAGGCUGAAGGAGGCUGUGGACCAGAGUGGUGGCAGCCGCCAAGAUCCCAGGACUGAGCCCCCACAUGUGGGAGCUAUGGCCAGGACUGAGCUUUUGGUUCCGCUGCCUGGGCGAGAGCCAAGUCCCCACCCAGGUGUAGGUCUCACUAGUGGGAGCUCCCGGAGCCUCGAGGAACACCGAGUGACACGCACCGUGUGGACCACCACAGUGGCGAGAGGUCAUGUGGACCGGCGGGUGAGCAGCUCUGUGACUGUGAGGCCAAUGUCCUCAGGCGAGGCCCUGCCACGGGGCCGUCAGGUUGCCCGCAUGGUGCAGCCAGUGGUAGUGGGCUCCCCACCAGGCUUGCCCAGCCGCAGCCAGGCUGUGAAUGUGCUAAGUAAUCUCGUACCUACUGGGCACAGCCCCCGUGCCAGCCACCUGCCCAGGCCCACAGCUGGAGUGCCGAGAAGCACAGGGGGGACAGCCUUGAGGCAGCUGCCUGAGACCGGGACAGCAGAGCUUAAAGACAGCUCUGCCCUGGUCUCUACAGGCAUCCCAGCCAGCACUCACCUGCCUCCUAAGAAUCAGGAUGUCCCUACAGCCUGUCCAGAUUGAGACCAGGGCAGAGCCCUGGAUGCCAGGGCCUGUGAGCUCUGGCAGGUGCUGGGAGCCCCCAGUUCCACUGAGCUCCCUCUCCAGACUUCUCAGGGUCAAGCAUGUCCCUCCUCUCCCAGACUCCAGACCCAUGUCCCCUCUCCAAGCCUAGCCCACCCUGCAAAGCAGCCUGUGGUGCCCACUCACACCAGGGCCCAGCUCACUCCCCUUGUUCUGCCCCCUAUAAAAAGGGAAGGGCUUGUGGACACCCCUGCUGCGACCGUCCUGCCCAUGGUGAGGAGGGAGCAUGUGACAGUCCCUGAACAACCUCCUGCUCCAUCCUCUAUAAGAAGGAAGGAUGUCCCCAGCCCAGGAGGUCUUUCUGCUCCAUCGUCCCCAAGGAAUAAGUUUGUUCAGAACUCUGAAAAUGUCCCUGUCCUCACCUUUACCCAGAAGGAGGUGGUGUGGGGCCCUAGUGCUCCUGCGGCCUCGUCCCCCACCCGGAAAGAGGUCUUGAAGGGCCCCAGUGCUCCUGAUGCCUCAUCCCCCACCCAGAAGGAGGUGGUACAGGAGUCUAGUGCUCCUGAUGCCUUGUCUCCCACCGAGGAGGUGGUGCAGGGGUCCAGUGCUCCUGCUGCCUUGUGUCCCACUGAGGAGGUGGUGCAGGGGUCCAGUGCUCCUGAUGCCUUGUCUCCCACCCUGAAAGAGGUCGUGAAGGGCCCUGGUGUUCCUGCUGUUUCAUCUCCCGCCCAGGAGGUGGUGCAGGAGUCCAGUGCUCCUGCUGCCUCGUCCCCAACCUGGAAAGAGGUCGUGAAGGGCCCUGGUGCUCCUGCUGCCUCAUCUCCUGCCCAGGAGGUGGUGCAGGGGUCCAGUGCUCCUGCUGCCUCGUCCCCCACUGGGAAAGAGGUUGUGAAGGGCCCUGGUGCUCCUGCUGCCUCAUCUCCCGCCCAGAAAGAGGUGGUGCAGGGGUCUGGUGCUCCUGCUGCCUCAUCCUCCAAGUCAACUGAGGUCCAGGGCCCAGAAGGCAGCCCUAGCAUCCAAAAAGAGGCUGUCCAGGGUAUUGCAGGCAGCCUUGCUCCACUCCUCACUAAGGAAGAGACUGUUCAAGACCCAGCUGCUCCUGCCAUCUCACUCCCCAAACAGGACAAGGGGGUCCAGGGCUCUGAAGGGAGCCCCAUCUCAUCUCUCACCCAGAAAGAGGUUGUGCAGGACCCUGCUGUUCUCCCUGCCCCAUCUUCCUCAGUGGACAGGGUGUCCCCCACCCCAGGAGGCACCUGUGCCCCAGUGCCAACAGGAGCAGAGGCCAGCACGGAGUCCCAGCUUGUCUCUCACCCCACUGAGGGCAAGAUGUGCCCAGAGACAUUGAGGGAGGAGGAUGAGGUGGCCCUGGCCACUGACCUGGAGAUAUUCCUGGAUACCCUGUGGAGCAUGGAGCCCCAGAUCUUCCGCACUCACCGGCUGCCACGAGCCCCUCGCUCCUCCUACCUGUCCAUGUAUGCCACACUGCUUGCCAUUGAGGAGGACCAGCCAGGGCCAUGGGUGCUGGGCCCCGGCCCCCAGGAGGUGCCUUCACUGGAAGAGAAAGAGGAGGAGGAGGAGGAGGAACCAGAAAACCCCUAUCUAAGUGAUGACGAGAAGCUUCAGCGCAGGCAGGAGAAAGCUGGGCCCAACCCCUCCUGGGACCUCCACCCUGCCAGGCCCACCCAGGUCUCCUGCUCUCCUCUUGAGAUGAUGAAGAAGCAUGUAGCAGGAACCAAGGGCCCCCACUUAGAGCUGGGGUUGGAAUUGCAGGGAGGCAGCAGACCCACUUCCCAUCUUGGAGGCAGCCUUCUUUUCGGCAGUCUGGUGCCUGCCACCAAGGAGGCCUCCACCCCGGAACCGCUGGGCACAAAACUAUCUGCCCUGCUGCCCCAUGGGGCACUGGGGCUCAGGAAGGUGCCAGGACAGUUGCCCCUGCUUUGCAGUGAAAGACCAUCCCUGACGGAGAAGCUUGCCUGUGCCCUGCCCCUAGAGGAGUGGAGCCCAGCCUUAAAGACCCAGGGCAAGCCGAACACCAGGCCUGGAAAGGUGAUCUUCUCGGAGUCUGGCUGCCAAGGCAGUGGCAGGGAGGUCUGGGGAGACAUUGUUGAUGCCUCAGGCUGGGCCCCUGUAGCCUCCAUAAGGGUAGUUCGAGGCUGCUGGGUGCUGUACGAAGAGCCAGAGUUCCGGGGUCAGAAGCUGGUCCUGCCUGAAGGAGACAUGGAACUCAGAACCCCAGGGACAAAGUGGAGUCCCCAAGGCAUCGGCUCCCUAAGGAGGGUUGUCUGGGACUACAGCACCCCAGAAAUCAGCCUCUUCUCUGAGGAGGGCCUCAGCGGGGAGCAAGUGAAGCUAAGAGAGGCCUUGAAGAAUUCCCAGGGUCUGGAGAAGCCCCUGCAGGUGGCAUCUGCCACUGUCUCUGCAGGACUGUGGCUACUGUACCCCAAACCAUUAUUUGAAGACACUCCCUACAUCCUGGAACCUGGAGAGUACCCCACCUCAGAGGCCUGGGACACAUCGGACCCCAGCGUGGGCUCCCUGAAGCCCAUGAGAUUGGGCUGCCCAAGUGUGGAGAAGCCAGGGGAGCCGAGGGCUGUGGUGUAUGAGGCCCCCGGCUUUCAGGGCCGCAGCUGGGAAGUGAGCCGAGACAUCUACAACCUUCAGCAGCCAGAGGACAGCCAGAGCCCCCACCUGGCCUCUGUGGGGUCCCUGAGAGUUCUCGGGGGCUGCUGGGUGGGCUACGAGAAGGAGGGCUUCCGGGGCCACCAGUAUCUGCUGGAGGAGGGGGAAUACCCAGACUGGUCACACUGGGGAGGCUCUGACGAGUUGCUGACCUCCCUCCGCGUCAUCCGGACGGACUUUGGGGACCCGGCCGUCGUGCUAUUUGAGGCCAUGGACUUCGAGGGGCAUGGCGUGGAGGUGAGCAGGGCAUUGCCGGAUGUGGAGCUGGUGCAACACGGUCCCAGCACACAGGCCAUCCACGUGCUCAGCGGCGUGUGGGUGGCCUACCAGGAGGUGGGCUUCUCCGGGGAACAGUACGUGCUGGAGAAGGGCGUGUACCGUAACUGCGAGGACUGGGGAGCGGGCAACAGCGCCCUGGCUUCGCUACAGCCGGUCCUACAGGUCGGGGAGCACGAUCUGCACUUCGUCUCAAGGAUUCAGCUUUUCUCCCGCCCCGACUUUCUGGGCGACCACUUCUCCUUCGAAGAUGACCAGGCCGCUCUGCCCGCCUCCUUCCGACCUCAGUCCUGCAGAGUCCACGGCGGCAGCUGGAUCCUGUUUGAUGAGAAGAACUUCGAGGGUGACCAGCACAUUCUCUCUGAGGGCGAGUUCCCCACUCUCACGGCAAUGGGCUGCCUAGCCUCUACGGUCCUGGGCUCUCUCCAGAAGGUAUCCCUGCACUUUUCAGAGCCUUCAGUUUUCCUGUAUGGACUCCAGUGCUUCGAGGGGAAGGAGAUAGAGCUCAGCAGUGAGGUGCGGAGCCUGCAAGCUGAAGGCUUCAACAACCACGUGCUGUCCGUGCAGAUCAAGCGGGGAAUUUGGGUGCUAUGUGAACACAGUGACUUCCGGGGCCGCCAGUGGCUGGUGGGAAGCUGCGAGAUCACCAACUGGCUGACCUACAGUGGCACCCAGAGGGUGGGCUCCCUCUACCCCAUCAAGCAGCGCCGGGUUUAUUUCCGCCUCUGGAACGCAGCACUGGGGGGAUUCCUGGCAGUGCCGGACCAUGUGGAGGACAUGAAGGCAGGCCGUGUGGUGGUCUCCGACCCCCGAGCGGGCGGUAGCUGCAUCUGGUACUACGAGGAUGGGCUGCUGAAGAACCAGAUGGCCCCCACCAUGAGCCUGCAGGUAAUUGGACCCCCUAGCCCAGGCUCUAAGGUGGUGCUGUGGGCCGAGAGCCGCCUGCCGCGCCAGACGUGGAGCAUCAGUGAAUCCGGCCACAUCUGCAGCCAGAUGUUCGAAGGCCAGAUCCUGGAUGUGAAGGGAGGCCGGGGCUACGACCGGGACCACGUGGUGCUAUGGGAGCCGGAUGAGGACAGGGCAUCCCAGAUCUGGACCAUCCAUGUGCUCUGAACCUUUUCACCUCACCCUCCAGCCCUGGAGGCUUUUGCUGGGAUGAAUGUUUUUAUAGAGUUUUUGUUGUAACAUAAGCUGUUUUCUAAUAUGCAAGGUGCACACUUGUCUCUGUGCACCUUGAUAUUUCGGGGUGGAGUGGGGGUUCGUUCA